AUAUUUUAAGAAGUAGGGUUUAAAGCUAGGGUUUUUGGCUGUUCUUUCACUCUCCGCCGUUCGCAGAGAGAAAGAGAGAGCUCAGUCAUGGCCGAAAACGUAACAGAAAUCACCGAUAUAGUCACAGAAAAGAAAAUCUCGUCCACGCAAGACAUGGACCUCGAAUCCCUAAACGCCUCUGAAGAAGCUGUCGUUGACGAGGCGGCGAACGGUGGCGAUCCCAACUCGAAGCGCGCGAGAGAGGAAGGGGCGGAGUCGGAGAAGGAAGAGAACGAUGGGGCGAAGAAGCAGAGGGUCGAUAAGUCAGUUGAAGAACAGCGUUUGGAGAAUUUGGGAGGAAGCGAACCUGUUGGAGGAGAGGAGUCGGGUCGUGUCAGCCUCGGCCCGAAGAGUUUUGGGUCCUCUGUGGAGAUGUUCAAUUAUUUCUUCAAGUUCCUCCGUUUCUGGCCUCCUAAUCUCAAUGUCAACAAGUAUGAGCACAUGGUAUUGCUGGAGUUGCUGAAGAAGGGUCAUUUCGAGCCAGAGAAAAAGAUUGGCAAUGGGAUCAAUGCUUUCCAAGUGCAAAACCAUCCACAGUGGAAAAGUCGCUGUUUCUUCCUCAUUAGAAAUGAUGAAUCUGUUGAUGAUUUCAGCUUCCGGAAGUGUGUAGACCACAUUCUCCCCUUGCCGGAAAACAUGCAACUAAAACCUGAAGCCAAUAAGGCAUUUGGUGGAGGCCGUGGAGGAGGCCACGGAGGGAGAUUUGGUGGUGGCGGUGGUGGUAGAGGUGGCUUCCGUGGGCGUGGAAGAGGGGGUAAGUCAAGAAACUGACUGAGGUGCUCUUUCUGUUUACCUGGGUUGGGAGUUUUUUUUCUUAAAAAUAUGUACGAGAAUAAUCUAUAGUAGGUAGUUUUAUGCUAUAUCUAGCUGAACUGCUGUGCUAUCCAAAUUUUUGCUGUUAAAUGGUUUAUGUAUGGUUAAUAUUGAAAACUACAAAGUUAUUUUUGUUCUUUGAAAA